GUUUUUGUUUCGUCUGCGUUGUUGUUUAUUCCAUAUGCUCACGCAAAAAGCGACUGUAUCGAGUUUGGGGCGAUAACAAAAUAAGACAAGUCUUGCGAGCACUUGGCCGGUAAAAGAAAACAAAGGAACUGACAACAUAUUUAUUACAAAUGUUUAUGACUGUAGUUUGUUUUGUAGAUACUUGGAAAGGGUGCUCGCUCGCUAGCCGUGCAGGCAACCCCUAGCGAUAGUUUCUUGCGGCACAAUUUGUCAGAGUCUCAGCAACAGUUGCUUUUGUUGUCUAAAACGGCAUAAGUAUUCCCCAGAAAAAAAAGACAGCUAGUACCUUCAAUAGAUUUUGCUUAAGUAAGAAAGGAAGAAAGCACUCAAAUAGACACACUUUCCAAGCAGGGACCACUGCUUGGUAAGAGUAUCUGUUCAUGGGAAGACGUUGCUGCUCUUGCAAUAUAAAGUAAAAAAAAAAAACUGUAUGCGAAAUACACUUGUAUUCGGGAGCGUGGCACUGUUCUUGAAGAAACUAAGCAGGGUCCAGGGAUGAAGAUACAGUGACUUAAGCGAUACGGUACAGGCGCAGUAUAGGAAAUAAGCCAACAGGGCUGAAAAAGUAUCCCUCCGUCCAUGGCGGGGUUCGAAGAAGAAGGCACAGGUAGCCGUAAUCAAGACGAAUAACAGCCGCGAAUCCUUCACGACAGGAAGCAGGAACAGGAAAAAGAAAGCCCAGCUGCUUGACUCUUUUGUAGAACUGCUUCCUGCUUUUCUUUUUGUUUUUUAUUAGAAUAAACGUGCCAGGAAGAGCGCUAAGCAACUCAUUUUUCUGGCUUAAGGAAAAGAGACACCAUUACACGGGGGAAAACGACAAAGCGAAUUUAUCAGUACAUCACCAGUGUAGGCAUAAAGUAGCCAAGAAUGAUAAAGCAUAUUACGUUGUAGAUAACUGAAAAAUUAUACUUGUCGCGGAAAGGAAAUACGGGCCGGUUAUCACUUAGGUAAUACUAGGCACUCACGAACGAUGGAAACCACGCCUCGAAGCGGCGAGUAGGUUAGGACGGCAAUAUUGAUUUUGCGAUUAUGUUCGCAGCGUAACGGGAAGAGGCGAAGCUCUAAAAAAGGAAACGUUGCUUGGAUCAGGAGAGAAAGAAAAACAUAACAUACGAAAGGCUCGCCUAAAGUUUGCUUCAAGUAUGUUUUCCAGGGAAAACCGCUCAUAAUUGUCCAGUAGCGACCUCAUUUUCGGCAAUCCCUCGUUCAAACAAAGGCGCGAAAGAUAGCGAGCGAUCCGGGGAAAGCGCAAACAAGAAAACAGGCCAUCAAGGGUACCACACUGCGCGCUUCGGGCAUAACGUGACCGACACGAGAGCGGGGCGUUCGACGAAGUGUCGCCACCGCUUGAAACGACAAUUAGGGCCCCUCCGGGUGGCGCUAUCAGGUAGACAGGCGGAUAACAGAGCUGGUGCUGUUAUUCUUCGCCGGAGGAACUUUGAGUCAAUCAGCCUAAUCGACGCUCGAGAGGGACCGGAGGCGCCGCACGGCGGUUUUAAUGAUCAUCGAUUGAAAAGCGACGCGGAGGGACUCCGAUGGUGGGCCUCGAACAUGCAGCUCGAAGAGAGUGUUUCAGUGCUGCCGUCUUCAGCCAUUGCACCAGGACGUGACCUGCAUCCUUACAUCGAGCAGUUACCGAACAACGAGUGUGGCCACCACUUAGAGACCGCGACGACGACCGAAACCCAAGUUUUAUGACAUUGCCGCCGAACGACAACGUCGAUCGACCAAGCGCUCUCCGAGGAGAAGUGGAGCCGAAGUUCGCCCCGCGGCAAAGCGGCGUUCAGUUGUAUCGGGGAGCGAUGAGCUCUCCGGCCGUCAAAGCUGCCGAAGACUGCCCGAACGUCGUCGACGCCCGAAUGCCGAGCGCGGGCAACGCCAAAGCGAGAGUGCCGAAGGGAGACGAGUGCCGCAUCGUGAUCACUGACUGCGACGGGACGGACGACGCCACCGACAGAGACAGCCGCGUCGCGGCCUGGUUGGGACAGGACGCAUCGGGGUCGUCCGCCCUCGAAGAAGGCGAGCUGUCGCGCAGCGACAGCCAGCCGCGUCGCCACCACAAGCACCGGCACAAGCGGCGACAGCGCAAGCACCACCACCACCGCCACUCCUCGACCCACAGCCGGUCAUCCCGGUCGGACGAGCCAACGGCGAGUCGCUGCCAGAGCAGCAGGCUCGUGGUCGAAGUCGACGACGACUUCGCGUCCGAGUGUGACACCGUGGCCACGGCGCGCUCCGAGGGUGCCUGGUCCGGAUUGGCACGGCCCGACAAGGACGACCGGAAGCGUAGGCACAAGAGGAAGCGGAAGCCCGGUGAGGUCGAGAACGACGAGGACAGCCAGGAGGGAGACGGCAAGCGUGACAAGAAAGCCGAGAUGAUAGUGGUGACCGUGAGCGCGGUCAUCCUCACCAUCGCCCUGCUACUCAUCGGCAUCACCCUGGCGCUGACGCCCAAGAUCGACGAGAUGGUACGCAAGGAAAACGAGGUGAUGUUCCGAAUUCCGACACCCCCACCUGGAUUGCUGUCUUCCACGGGGUCAGCGGUCACAGCAUUGCGAGAGAACACAACAAUGGCCAGUCUCACGGCCGCCGGCUGAAGUCAACCCUGGUUCUGUUUCGCUUGGAAUCUCACUUAUCUUCAAGGCUGGCAGGCUCGGGAGAGCCGCUGACCUUGGCUUGAUUGGCCAAGCAUGUCUUCCUGCCGUCCAGGAUGGGCGCUCAGUGCCACCAGCUGCGGCAGGUGCUUUGCUCACAAUGAGAACGUGGUGGCCUUGUAUCGCUGUUUGAUUGUGGCCACGCAGCCUUCGUUUCUAUUUGCCAGGCUCAUCGAUGGCAAAUUCGAGGAGGUAAUGCUCAGUGAGAAAUUGUGGUUCUAGCACAGCAAGAUUGUAUCUCGCUUUUUUAUUCGUGGUGCUACGAAUGAUUGUCCAGACACUGCUAUCGUUACGUGGCAUGUGUUUUAAGGACAGUCUUGCUAGCUAGCGGACGUAUCGUGCACUCGUAUAUUUGCUGUCCAGCGGUACAGCUAUGUUGGAGUGCUGGGAAUAAUAUCUGGGUACUCCUACGAACCACUGAAGUAUCUGUAGGUGGCCCGAGUCCUUGAUGGCAAUCAAUUUUAGCCCACGUGAAGGAGCGAUGCCAGAGAUCAUUGUUGUCAGCCACUUUACAAGCACGGUCUACAUGUUAUAUAAUCCUCAGAACGUGCUUAAAUUACUAUCUUCGUACGAACAAAAUGUGGCCUGUGCUGAUGAAACGAGUGUUUCGUUGUUGUUAUUUAAACCAUGUUGUAAGAACGGUCUCUUCACGUUUAGAGUUAGAGCAUGUAACGACAUCUCGUUUCUAGUAACGGAUAUUGAGCCGCUUAUUAGAAGGGCUGCUGCACUUUUAUCUACAGCAGUGAGAAGGGUGCCAAGAGCUGUGAAUUGGUAAGGUCACGAUCUAGAGUACGUCGCUUAAGCGUUCGGAUUUCUCUUUGCCGUAGUAACACUGUAGCCAGCAAUUAGCGGCUGAGUUGCUAUGCCAUGCUUGUUAGGGAAAAGAAAUGCCGCACGGUCUCGUGCAUAUUAUAAAGGAAGUAACUCUAUCGUGCUUAUUUAUUGGUCAUAUCGAAGAUUGCCGUUUGCUUGUUGUGGCUAUCUGUUUUUCUUGCAGCAGGCUGUGAAUAAAAGAAGUACUUCGGUGUCUUACAGAACGCACUGCAUAUUGGCGUAAUGUGUACAAAGGUGGGCAUUAAGAUGUAGCCAUCAGUUUGCAAUUUUUUUUCUAUAGAACACUAUAUGACGUUUAUCGGCCAUAUUUUGCGAAGCGUUAUGGGUACUACAGUUCAAUACUGAGUUUUGAUUUGUACUUGCUCUAUUUGGUUUCGAAUUGAUCACAAACAUAUGUCAGAAAUAUCCUCAUAAGGGAAAAAAAUAAACGAUCAAAGAUGCCUAUAGUGCUGAAUGAGGCAUAAGACAAUUAUGAAUAAUGAUGACUCAAAGAAGUACUUGUUAAAAUGCUUGAUUGUAAUGAAUUGUUGAAGUAAUCUGCAUGUUUUAGACAGAACAAUUCCAUAAAUGUUUGGUGGUGAUAUUGAAAGAUAAUCAAAAUGUUCACUAGUAUAACUUAUUAGUAGCUGCGCCUGUAGCGCAGAUCGUAAGUAUGUUGGAAAAGAGAUGGUGAUUUCCCAUGCUGGGUCCUCAUCUCGGCCCGAACUACAAUGCCGCCUAUUCGAAUACAUGUAAAACGUAGUAAUGCUUUUCUGAGAUAAACCCUGCACCAAUUUUAAGAAGCUUGUUGUAUUUGAGAGAGGAAGUUGAAUUGUAGGGACUGCAGGAAGCUAAAUUAUGAUUUAGCGCCACAAUUUGUGUACAAAAAUUGCCGAAAAUUUGUAAAUGUGAACAAACAAAUGCGCGAACUUUAGAAACCCGUAAAUCUGCAGAAGAAAGA